AUGGCCGACGCAACCCUCUUCGACGACACCUUCACCCUCACGGGCCUCAACAACCAAAAAUACGACCGCGUCUCCCGCGUCACAGCCACAUCCGCCGAUUCCCAAACCAUCCUCUCCCUCGACAUCAACCAUGAAAUCUACCCCCUUGCCGUUGGCGAAACCGUGCAAGUUGUUCUGGCCUCGACAUUGAACUUGGACGGCACGAAAGAGGAAGCAGGCAAGGGAUGGAGGGAAAAGGGCGCAGAGGAGAAUUCGCUGGCGGAUAUGUUUGAUUACGUUUGUUGGGGAAAGGUGUAUAGAUUUGAGGAGGGCGAGGGAGAGAAUAUUAAGGUUUACGUCUCCUUCGGUGGACUUCUCCUCUACCUUGAGGGUCCUUACAAGAAGCUCACUCCUCUCCGCAUCGACUACGUCUACCUCUUGAUCAAGAAAUGA